UUAGCGCCAAAGCUUGAGUUGGACACAGAAGCAAACAUGGAUGUUGUCCGCAAAAUAAAAACAAAAGUUUCCGCUGGCUUCAAGAUGCGGGGACUCAUUCUACGACCUGAAGCCAGCAAAUACCUUGUGGAGGUGCUGGAGUCCAUCAACAUUUCUGAACUGGAUGAUGUCAUUGAAAAGGUCCUGGAUGCAGUGGAAAAACAGCCAUUGUCAUCUAGUAUGAUAGAGCUGUCUGUGGUGAAGACGGCUGUGCAGGACUGCACUCAGUCUUGUGAUGAAACCAUAGAUAAUGUCUUCAAUGUCAUUGGAGCUUUUGACGUGCCCAGAUACAUUUACAGCGUGGAGAGAAAGAAAUUUGUAUCGAUCAGUAUGACCAGACAUCCAACACCGAGUCUGUGUGGUUUGGCCAGAGACAAAGCUGAACUCUUCAGGGAGCGCUACACACUCUUACAACAGCGCACACAUCGGCAUGAGCUCUUCACCCCACCUGCAAUAGGAGCCGCUGUGGAAGAGGGUCAAAACAAAUUUCAGCUGAAAACAAUUGAAGCGUUGCUUGGUAGCACAGCUAAACUGGGAGAGGUGAUUGUACUCGGGAUGGUCACACAACUGAAAGAAGGUAAAUUCUACCUGGAAGACCAAAGUGGAACAGUCCAACUGGACAUGUCCAAAGCACAGUUCCAUAACGGUCUGUACACUGAGUCCUGCUUCGUGCUGGCAGAGGGUUGGUACGAGGACUCUGUUUUCCACGUUAAUGGCUUUGGUUUCCCACCAACAGAACCUUCAUCUGCCACAAGGGCAUACUAUGGCAACACAAACUUCUUUGGGGGUCCAUCCACCACGUCAGUGAAGGCGUCUGCCAAACUAAAGCAGCUUGAGGAAGAGAACGAGGACGCCAUGUUCAUAAUAGUUUCUGAUGUGUGGCUGGACAGCGUUGAAGUGAUGGAAAAGCUCAACCUCAUGUUUUCAGGCUAUGCUGCGAUGCCUCCCACCUGUUUCAUCAUGUGUGGAAACUUUUCCUCUGCUCCGUAUGGAAAAACACAGAUCAAAUCACUCAAAGAGUCACUGAAGGCUCUUGCCGAUGCCAUAUGUUCAUUCCCCAGCAUUCACAACAGUAGCCGCUUUGUGUUUGUCCCUGGUCCUGAAGACCCUGGUCCAGGCACCAUCCUGCCAAGGCCUCCCUUGGCAGAGCACAUCACAGAGGAGUUCAGACAGAGGGUGCCAUAUUCCGUGUUCACGACAAACCCGUGCAGGAUCCAGUACUGCAGCCAGGAAAUCGUCAUUAUCAGAGAAGACCUGGUCAAUAAGAUGUGCAGGAACUGUGUGCGGUUGCCCAACAACAAUCUUGACAUUCCAAACCACUUUGUCAAGACCAUCCUGUCCCAGGGUCACCUGACUCCCCUGCCUCUGUAUGUCAGUCCUGUAUUUUGGGCGUAUGACUACUCCCUGCGUGUCUACCCAGUUCCCGACGUCAUCGUCUUUGCAGACAAAUACGAUCCAUUCAGCAUCACUAACACAGACUGCCUCUGCGUCAACCCGGGCUCAUUCCCAAAAAGUGGUUUCACAUUUAAGGUGUACUACCCAUCCAACAAAACUGUUGAGGACAGCAAACUUCAAGGCCUCUGAAGUAAAUCAUGGAUUCACAACUGGAGCCGUUAUCAUUUUGUACAUAAAAACCUGUAUGAUAAUGGGUGUUGACAACAGACACUUAAUCAACUCAUUGUAGUCUUUUAUUUUGUAUGUAUCUUCUGUAAUGUAUAAUAAAAUUUUAUUCUUGAUGCUGAA